AUAAGUACGUCAGAUGGCGUUGUGCUUACACUGACUCCUUGCCAGGGUCGAUGUUCAGUUAUUGCUGGGUUAGCUUUCAAUAUCACGUGUCAACGUUCAGAUACUGCUAAGGCCUUGUUCACGUGGUACCUGGAAAAUGGUCAUACACGUGAUCACUCUAACGCGCUGACCCAAACACAGGCUUCAGUAACAGAGGGUACACUUAGUUUUGUUCCCGAAAGAAAACACCAUGGAUGGAACCUUUACUGUUUGGCAAAUUUUAUUGGGAAUAAUAGCUUUAGUCGUAUAAACGUAUCAGAGAAGAUACGACUACACGUGUUAUAUGGACCAGACAAACCCUUGUUCAAAGUAGGAGGACAAUACAUUAACUCAACCUCUGUAAGUAUAAUAGAAGGAACAAACAUCUCCAUAGAGUGCUUGGGAGACAGUAACCCGUUGGCCGCAGUAACCUGGAACAAUGAAUAUUCUCUACAAAAUGGGGUGUGGCUUAACUUUACGAACAUAGGCCGCAAUAUCGAUGGGGUAUUUAAAUGUGCUUUGGAAAAUACAAUGAAAGCAUCAGACAACAACGAGCGAUAUGGGGGAAACGAAAGUUAUCUAAAUUUGGAAAUUCUCACACCACCAACGACACCUAUCAUAAGUUACAGCGGUUAUCACAUUGCGAAGAACAUCACCAUCAUCGAUGAAAGAAUCUAUGACUUUUACUGUACUAGUUCAGGAAAACCAUCACCUCAGAUUUAUUGGAAACUGUUGAAUAAUACGACAGAACAUGACGUUUUGCAAAUCCGUAAUGUUGGCGCGUUACACAACUCGACUAUCACCUGCUGCGCCAAGAACCUUAUGAUACCAGCAGUUGGUGUUCCGGAGCAUGGAUUGGAGUGCACACAUCUAAAUAUGAUCGUUUUACAUAAGCCAACGUUUGCUUUCAAUGACACGUAUGAUGUCAAGGAGAACGAUUCGUUCAACGUAACAUGUACACAGCAAAACAUAAACACGGUUGUCACGUGGAUGAGACAAGGAUACGAAAAGUGGUCAGAGAGACACAACAAAAUAUACUGGCCGGAUGUCAGAAGGGAGAACGCUGGCAAUUAUACCUGCAAAUUACGAUAUUCGAUCGCGGAUUCCUUUAUGCAUUUCAUUAGCAAUGACUCUGAACAUUCAUUCCAUUUAAAUGUUGAAUAUCCAGCGAGUGUAAUUACCUUUGAGGCUGUGGGGCACAGUGACUCUAUCGUUGUAAAUGAGAACAAAAGCAUGACCUUCAGAUGUUACGCCACAGGAAACCCUAGUCCGAUGAUACAAAUAAAGAACAACAAUCGUGUACAAAAGCAACGAAAUGCGGCUUCUCUCGGAUAUAGCGAAAACAUGACAUGCGCUCACACAGGAAAAUACUCGUGCUAUGCCAAGAAUAUAAUAAACGAUGAAGAGUCAAAAUCUAAGGAUAUUGACGUUGUCGUUAAAUGCUCUCCAAGACCUGCUUCAAACAUGUCUCCAGAGUUCAACAUCACUACUACCCUACAUUCAACUGUCAUACUGAAUUUCACAGUGAUUGCGUAUCCAGUACCGAAGCCUUCAGACUUUGUUUGGAAGAAAUGUGAUGUUGAAGAAUCGAAUGGAACGUUUAAUUGCUUUCUUCUUACUGAUGGAUGGCAAUACAAAAUAUCCACAGUUGAUUUAACAUCGUAUCUAACGAUUUCAGAUUUCACUCAGCAUGACAUUGGUCGCUAUAUGUUGUCUGUUGGAAAUGGCGUUGGUGACGCAUGGAAUCAGACUUUCUUCGUCUGGAUGAAAGCUGCCCGUGCUGUAUCCACACUCAACUCGGAUGUUUUGCUACAGCUAAUUGGGGCUGGUUGUGGCACAUUAUUGUUGCUCGCAGCAACGGUACUCGUAUGCGUUUGCAGAAAAAGGAAAAUGCAAGAAAACUCUGUGGCGAACACAAGAAAUGUUGCACUACUAGUAUGUAAACGAAGGACACGGCAUGAAGAUCAGAUGUACAUAACUGCAGUCGGAGUUUUGGAACAUGAACCCCUAACAGCAUCUCAAGAUCAGAUGUACAUUACUGCAGUCGGAGUUUUGGAACAUGAACCUCCUACAGCGUCUCAAGAUCAGAUGUACAUUACUGCAGUCGGAGUUUUGGAACAUGAACCUCCUACAGCGUCUCAAGAUCAGAUGUACAUUACUGCAGUCGGAGUUUUGGAACAUGAACCCCCAACAGCGUCUCAAGGAAAUGGUCAACUUGGGCAAAGCGACACUAGCAGCGUUUCAAAUGCUGUUCAUAAGUGUUCAACAUUCAAAGUUCUUCAAGAUUCUUCAGAGGUCGAAACAGUUGCGGGGGAAGAGGAUAAACACUAUGCUGAGAUAAUUGACUUGUUGGUGGCACCAACAACAAUACCAAACUAAUUGUAGCGAUUUGUUCUCAGUAACUUCAAGUUUAUCAGUUAUACGUUACACGUUAAUCGUGAUACGGUGAUUUGUAAACACUAGUCUGUCGGUUACAAGUUACCAUACGUCCGUAAACGACUAGUUCAUCUAUUACAUUCAACCUCAAGUCUUUCAGUAGUAUCCAGCCAUAAGUCUAUCGAUUAUCUGCAACCACAAGUUUAUCAGUCAUAUGUUACAUAAAGAAUGUCGGUUAUCUGUAACAAUAACUAUAUGUAAUCACAUGUUUGGCGGCU